GUUUCCCUGUUUCCCUUUUCAGCGUAUCUGUGGAAGGACAGGACACUUGUACUUCUGUAAAAACAGAAGAAAUGAGCUGUACUCUCACAUUCCCUUUUACCAUCACUUCCUCCUUUUUUGAUUUGAACAUAAACAGUAUAAAAACACUGGUUUCACACAUGAAAAUUAAAAAAAACUUGGUCUUCAUGUAUGAAUUUAAAGCUGUAUUAUUUAUUUUGUCUCAGAAUGAAGGUGGAAGUAAGACCUUAUUUGACCAGCUGGAAGAUUUACGUAUUGACCCAAAGCCUGAAGGCAGUCAGGAUGUGGAGGAUCUUAUGGAUUGGUGGAACACAGUGGAGGGCUGGGAAGAAACUCCUCAGAAUGACGACAUGACAGAAAAAGAAGAGGCUAAGGCUUUUGCUGUGACGGCAGAUAAGGUGCAGAAGGGAAUUCGUGUAUUCAACAAGCUCUUCUCAGAGCGCGCUGAGAGUCUGUGGAUGCACGUCAUCGACCUUAACAGCAUGGCAGACGCUCUGGACAAGUUCAACAAGAACACGAAAAUCGCUCAAAUCACAGGCGGCUCAACCAGCGCUAUCGGAGGCGUGGCCACCAUCGCUGGUCUCGCUCUGGCCCCUGUCACCUUUGGAACAUCCUUGAUUGUGACAGCAGUGGGUCUGGGUGUGGCCACGGCGGGCGGUCUGACCUCAGCGGGUGCCGGUAUCUCGAACCAGGUCAACAACUCAAUGGACCGUAAAAAGGUGGAGAAGAUCGUGGAGGACUACCAGGCGAAGAUGGUCGACCUGAACAAGUGCCUGAAGUUCAUCAAGCAGGGAAUCGAAAACCUGCACAAGUUUGACCUGAUCAAGAUGAAGAACCACGCCUACAACCGAGACUUCCCCGUGCUCAGCAGCAGUUUUUAUGAGGACGGCGCCAUGGCAGGGAAGGCUAUCCUCAUCAACGCCAAUGAGAUCAUGCGUGUGGUGCAGAUCGCUAACGUGGCAGGCAGCACGGCAGCCAGGGCGGUCCAGAUCGCCAGUAUGGCUACAGGCGUGCUCGCCGGACUCUUCGUGGGUAUGGACAUCUACUUCGUGGCCAAAGACUCCAAAGAACUCAAGAAAGGGGCAAAGUCAGAGUUUGCCGGCAAGAUCAGGGAGGUGGCUACGCAGCUGCACGACGGUCUGGUGGAACUCAACAGCUUACGGGAGGAGCUGCAGGACACCUCCAAACCACAAAACGACGAAGAAAAUGAAAAAGCUCCUGUGGACAGUGAGGAGAAGAAGAAGAAGGAAGAUGAAGAUCAAGACAGUUCAGAAGAUGAAAUCGAUCGCAUUAAAAAAGCCAUAAAGAAGGACUACGAGAACCGAGAGUAUGUUUGA